CGGCGGUGGAGGCGGUGGCAAGACGGGCGCGGGUGGCCGGCCUAAGGGCAUCACCAGGCGCGAGACGCUGGCCGACAUCGCCAAGACGUUGCCGUUCGGUCGGUCCAACACGAUGACGUCGUCCCGGAAACGGCGCGAGUCGUCCGUCGACUCGGGCAUCAAGUCGUCGUCGUCCAGCAAGGGCGGUGGACGCCGCGACUCCAAGACCGACUUCCGGGCCGACAUCGCCAAGCUGCUCAACACCCGUCGCGACUCCGUCAUCACGCCCAGCACCGUGUCGCAGCAGCAGGCCAGGCGCAGGGGAUCCGGAGACGUCGGCCACUCGGACAGCGAUGGGCGUCGCGGGUCCAAGGACGACGGCCGUGCGUUCCGGCAGCACCGCACGUGCCACAAUUGUGCGAUCGCGAUUCGGUUCACCAAAGCCGACCACGGUUAA